ACGUGCGCGUUAAGCUCCGUGUUUUGCGGGAGCCGUAGUAAGAGGGCGUGGCUGGAAUGCAGAAGGGGCGUGGCUUGACGAGAACACCACUAUCCUUGUUGUGUGUACUCCUGCUCACAUCGCCAUCUUGUUGCUAUCCCACUUUUUUUUUUUUUUUUUUUUUUUAAACUUAUGCGAGGAUCCUGGACCUUCCGGGCCCGGAUUUCGGAACAAGAUCCUUCCCGAUCGGAGGGAUCCACCGGGACUGGGGCCGUUAAAAUCUUGCACGCGCGCUUUCCACCGGCACGGUAGCGCCGACCCCACCCCCCCAACCCCCUCCUUCCCUCGGCUUUUUUCCGCCCUCCGUCACGGCCGGGGGCCACCGGCUCGGGCGGCACCAUGAGCAUCGACACGCUGCUGGAGGCCGCCAGAUAUCUGGAACUGCAAGCCCAGCAGCAGCAGCUCACACACGAAGAGGAGCAGCACAAAGACAAGGAGCUGAUCAACAAGGAGGAGUUAAGACACAUAGAGCUUGUGACUUCCUUGUCGCAGCCAAUCACAGCCAACCAUGUUGAGGACCCCCAUCGCCAGCAGCCGUCGGCGCCCCCGCCACCACCCCGACCGCCGCCCCCAGUGCCCAUUGCCGUCAUACCGAUGGUCCCCGUCGUCACUGCCGCGCCCCUUCCGCUCACCAAGCACAUCGCCGCCGCCUCGACGCUCGCCGGCCCCCCAGCGGCCAAGACCACCACCUCGCCACAGCCGCCGCCUCAGCCCCCGCCAGCUCCGGCAUCCCACCAGCUGCUGUGUCCCCCCCAGAUGAAGGCGGACACGACCAACCAGCCCGUCAACUGCGCCCAAUCGCAGCCUCAGGUUCACAUUCAGUACCCGCUCGCCAUCAGCACCAACGGGCCCGCCCCUCAACCCGCCCUGGCCUCUCAUCAAGCCCCGCCCACAUCCCAGCUGAGGCCCAAUGGAGUGACGCUGGAGGACAUGAGGGGCUUGGAGGGGAAAAAGAGACCUGGAGGGACAGGAACCAGGGAGGUGCACAACAAGCUGGAGAAGAACCGGCGGGCGCACCUGAAGGAAUGUUUCGAGACGCUGAAGAAGAACGUCCCAAACGUGGACGAGAAGAAGACCUCCAACCUGAGCGUGCUGCGCAGUGCGCUGCGUUACAUCCAGACGCUGAAGCGCAAGGAGAAGGAGUUUGAGCACGAGAUGGAGCGGCUGGCGAGGGCGAAGAUUGCCACUCAGCAGCGUCUGGCCGAGCUGAAGAACGAGCUGAGUCAGUGCAUGGACGUGAUGGAGAUCGACCGCGUCCUGAGACAGACCAUCCAGCCCGAGGACGACCAGGCGUCCACGUCCACCGCCUCAGAAGGGGAGGACAACCUGGAGCUGGACGUGGACCAGGACGGCCUCGCCCCACCUGUCCCCAGAUCCCUGGCCAGAGCACUGACGGCGGCCCCCAUCCUGCAAACGCAGCCGCUGCUGGGCCCCCACCUGUCCAUACAGCACCCUCCUCUACCGCUCUCCGCCGUGCUAGCCACGCCCCCUUCCUCCGUUCCUCCUCCCCCUCAAGCCCUGGCCCCCACCCUCACCCCGGUCUUGCCCCCCUCUCGGCCGCCAGCCGUGCAGGUGCAGCCCACCGUCAUCGCCCACGCGGCCGUGUCCCACCCCUCCGUCAUCCAGGCGGUCAGUCAUGCCAUGCCGGCCAAUCACAAGCACCUGACCCACAUCGCCCCCUCCCCCAUCGCUGCCGCCCCGCAGCCCAUCGCGGUGGCCACGUCGUCCCACCAGCCCAUCGGACACAUCACCGUCCACCCGGUGGCUCACCUCCAGUCCCGCCUCCCCACGCUGUACCCGCAGGGCAUGUCGGUGUCCCAGCCAACGGUGGUGAGCCACAUCACGCACACCUUCGCCCACCACACGCUGCCGCACGUGCAAGCCAACCCCCAAGCCAACGCCAUCGGGGCGCAGGUGAAUAAUGCCGCCGUGGUCGGCCAGGGCAAGCCCACGGCGAUGCUGGCGGCCCACCCGCAGCUGGUCGGCCAGGCGGCCGUACUCAACCCCGUCACCAUGGUUACGGUCCCCACUUUCCCCGUCAGCACAAUCAAGCUCGCCUGAGCAAGGACGAGGACGCUUCCAGGAGGUGGAGUCCAGAUGGCAGCCCCGCCCCCUUAUUCUACCCCCAAGCCUAAGAGCCCACGAGCUCCGCCGGACACCACGCCUCCUCAGCGGGUCACCCAAUCAGGUCUUCUCUGACGCGAGGGCGCCCUCUGUUGCACGCAACACAAACUACCUGCACAGGUAAGCAGCGAAAGAAGAACAUUCUAGAGAGCUUUUGGAGGAUAAAUACAGGAAGGAAAAAAACGCUGUGAACGUCAAAAAAAAACAUUUUUCUUCGCUUCUCUAUUCGCAAUAACACCCACUUUUCUGUGUGUGUUAUUGCGCAUCAACACUCUUUUCAACACUGUGAUGACAAAAGAAAUAAUUUCAUUUCCCAAUUUUUUCUUCUUCUCCCAGACUGAAAGUAGGAGGGGAAAAAGCAAGAUGUUAACCUAAUUUUGUGUAAUAUUCAGUUUUGUAACGUGCGUACGAAUGUUUUUGUCACACCAUGCACGCCGGGGCGUUUUGAGUCUGUGUUGCUUUUUAUUAUUCAUGCUUGUUUCUCUUCAGUUGUUCUGCAUGUAGCUUGAUUUCCUCCGUGUGCGGGACCAUGUAGAAUACUGUAGACCCUGGGCAGGAUCUUGGACCUCAUGCUAUAUUGAUAUUAUAUAUUAAUAUAAACGGUGUUUUCCCUAUGGAGAAAGUUAAGUUAUAUAAGGCCUGUGCACUGUGGGCUGCCUUUCAGGUCCAACUGUCCACUCUAAGACAUGACAUCAUGAUAUACAAAUAUAAAUGAUUUAUGCUGGUGAAAUAGUAAAGAUUCUUAAUAAAUCUUAUUACAUUUACAACAA